AGCCUGUUGUUCUCGAUUGUAUUUUUAUUUUGAAUUGCCUUUCAAGAUGACAUAUCUGUUCUAUGUGUUAGAUUUUAUCAAGUAAAAAAAUUCCCCCAAAAAUGUGACUUAUACUCAGGUGCGACUUAUAGUCUGAAAAAUAUGGUAAUCAUUAGAUAGUCUUAAUGCAUUAUAUCAGACUGAGACUGGUGCUUUAAAAAAAACAACGCAGUGCCUUUUUGCCCUUCUUAGUCAAAUAUUUACCAGUAAUAUACGGUCACUUAGUCUCUUUGACUUCACAGACACUGGGACAACGAUUAUUUCCACUCUCAUUUGCUCCUCUAGAGAGAUGUUCCUGUACAUCCUGGGACUGCUGGCCGUGUGGUUUGUCUACAGGUGGUUCAAGGAGUCCAAACGUGUGGAAGACAAAGGAAGCAAACAUGUCUACAUCACCGGCUGCGAUAGCGGCUUCGGGCAUCUCCUGGCCAAGCAUUUGGAUAAGCUAGGCUUCUGCGUGAUUGCCGGCUGUUACACUGAGAAGGGAGAAGAUGAGCUCAAAAAAGCCUGUUCUGACAGAGUGACCACUCUUCACGUGGACGUCACCGACUCGGCCAGCGUCAGACGGGCCGCAGCGCUCAUCGAUACUCAUGUGGGGCAAAAAGGUCUUUGGGCCGUCGUGAAUAACGCGGGCGCGGCCGUGCCAUCGGGCCCCACAGACUGGCUCACUAUUGAGGACUAUAAGGGUAUGCUGGCCGUCAAUCUGGUAGGCGUGAUAGACGUCACCCUCAGCGUCCUCCCGCUAAUCAAGAAGGCCCGAGGCAGGGUGGUGAAUGUGGCCAGCGUGUUCGGGCGAAUCAGUCCCUUCGGGGGCCCGUACUGCAUUUCUAAAUACGGUGUGGAGGCAUUCAAUGACAGCCUACGUUUGAACAUGGCGCCGUUUGGAGUCAAGGUGUUGUGCAUCGAGCCCGGCUUUUUCAAAACUAAUGUGACCAACGUCAAGCUGUUGGAAAAUAACCUGACGAAGCUUUGGGAUCGAUUGUCUCAGGAUGUGAAAGACGACUACGGAGCAGACUUUUUGGAGCGAGCAUUUGAUUUGAUGAGCAAAAGAUUUAAAGUGCUGACGGACAGCGACCUGAUGAAGGUGGUGGGCUGCAUGGAGCACGCUAUCGCCGCUGUGCACCCCCGCACUCGUUACUCUCCCGGCUGGGACGCCAAGUUCGUCUGGCUGCCUCUGUCCUACAUGCCCACCUUCAUCACUGACGGCUUGUUCCUUAAAUCCAGCCCCAAGAUUAAAGCGUCCGUGUUGUAAGAUCCAUGGCGGAUCCAGGAGCUAACUCUGACUUUGGCAUUUUGACUGAAUUUACUGUAUAUCCAUAUCAUUGCAUGGUUCCUUUUUAAAUUUCAAGUUCAUAUGUUGUUAGAAAAAGAGAUACCUGUUAUCCAAACAGGGGUGUGUCCAUUUUUUUAUAUCCACAGUAUGUACCAUGCCCAAGUAUACCAGCAUUUACAUUUCAAAAUAA